CAGAUCUGCUGUAUAUAGGAGGGCCGUAUUACUAUUCCGCUGAUUCUUGGUGAGACUUCAGUCAGGGAAGUUUGUCUGCUUGCUUCUAAAGGUGUAACAUCGCUGUGUGAAUAAGGAGCGGAGAUGGUUUACAGACUCACGCUGACAAUCGUGUUGCAGACCCUGGCUCUGCUCUUCAUUGUGCCCGCCUACGAGGCCUCUUCCCUGGGACUCACGGUCCAUGUGGAGCCCAUGCAGAGUGAUGGAGGACAGUCGGUGCGAGCUUAUUUCACCGCCAUUGCAUCCAAUCCGUGCCCCCCAUUGACUGGAGUGUGUACUGAAGGGGUAAAUUGCACCCUUUACAAAGCCUACGAGCCCUUCAGUGGCUCCAAACCAGGCUCGGGUUGGUGUGUCCGCCAGUGGCAGCAAGUGGUCCCUAGUAAAUACAAUGGAACCCUCACUUUAAACUCCACCACCAGUUUUUAUGUGUCAAUGGAUGCGGGGCCACAUGUACGUGCAAACUCCGGGAAACUCAAUUACCCUCCUUAUGUUGCGCUGCCUCCUCCUCUAAGGGCCCAUGCCAACUGCCCUCACCACAUCCCUCUGUCCGUGAGAGACCUGGAUGGAGACAAGGUGCGAUGCCGCUUCGCUAUGGAAGAACAAGGGGAGUGUGUCAACUGUUCUCGGCACUCUUUUAUAGAACUGCACCAGGAUGCAUGUACAUUGACGUUUACUGGAAAUGCACCAGCUGGGCAUUAUUCCAUCUACCUGAUGGCAGAGGACCACAUUCCUACCCCCAAAAUAUCCCAAACCGGCACGAGCCAACCCCUCAGCUCCGUCCCUGUGCACCUGUCCCUCACUGUGGAGGCGGCGUCGUGCAGCUGCACAGAUGAAGCUGUGGCGACAGGGAAGACCCCCAAAGAGCACUACACCUUUCCUGUCCUGCCAUUCGAAGAGGUGAAAUUUGGUGCUGACUUCAUGUCCACAAAAGAAAGCGUUUCUGAGAUCGCUGUUGUUGGCCAACCUGGGCUCUUCAAGUACGACUUCGCUUCAGCUGGCACCAAGUCGCACGUGACCAUGUCGUGGGUUCGUUCUGAAAACGAGCUGACCCAUGUUCUGCCAGUCUGCUUUGUCGCCAACACCAUGAGUUUGCAGUCAGAGCCAAGAUGCGUGUGGCUGUACCAAAGAAAAACGAAGACUCUGCCGACAGGAACAGAGCUGAGGUGCAAUAAGACGGAGAUGACACUGGUCCUUCCUCUUGCCUCACUGAGCAACAUCAACCUGGCGGAGCUGCAGCUGAACAGUGCAUCUUGUCCUGUCAGCUACAAUGACACUCACCUCACCGCACGCAUCUCCUUGAACGGCUGCGGCACCAAAACUGUGCAAGCUGGCACCGAACUGGUUUACACCAACACCUUGAAAAGCGUGCGUUCUUUUACCAUGAUCAGCCGCCACCCCUCCUUCAUCCUCCCGAUGGCCUGCCGCAUCCCGUCUGUCAAAGCCAGUAGUCCAGUCUUCAACGUCACCGUUCCCGUUGAGUCCUUUGAUGACGUUGACAUUCGGCUGGAAUUCUACUUCCCAGGAGAGGGGCCCAUGUCAAGGUUCUCAGGGACAGCGCAGUUCCAGUCCGUACCACUUUUGCCGGGAGCGCUGCGGUCGAAAUCGGCACUAAGGUAUCAAGGUGGUUCAGGCAACGGCGAAGUACGUGGUUCAGGCAACGGCGAAGUACGUGGUUCAGGCAACGGCGAAGUACAUGGUUCAGGCAACGGCGAAGUACGUGGUUCAGGCAACGGCGAAGUACGUGGUUCAGGCGACGGCGAAGUAAUUGGUUCAGGCGACGGCGAAGUAAUUGGUUCAGGCGACGGCGAAGUAAUUGGUUCAGGCGACGGCGAAGUGGGGUCCACGAUUGACAAACUGGACCUCCAUUUGUUCGCCAACACGACUGUGGAUCGAGUUCAAAUGAUCAUCAAAAGCUGCCUGGCGUCCGAGACAGCAGACUUUGCUGCAUCCAGCGUCAUUUUGCAGGAAGGAUGUGCAGCUUCCAACACAACAAUGGAGAUCAUUACAGACCAGAGCAAUGUUACCAUCUAUCGCAUUGAUUUGCCCACCCUGAACACACAGGGAUCAAUGAUGUACGUCCGCUGUGUUGUCCAGCUGUGUGUCACCUUCCUCCCCUCUCAGAAGUGCCCUGCAGGGUGUGGAGAGUCCCAGGUAGAGAGAGAGGUGCCCAACGCGAUAACCAGGACCGUCACAGUCGAUUCAGGACCUGUAAGUCUUGUGGUCACCACUCCAGUUCCCAGGGUGAACACCACCACUGCAACCACUGCUACAACUGCAACCACAGCAACCACUGCUACCACUGUGUCCACUGCUUCCACUGCUACUACUGUGUCCACUGCUACCUCUGCAACCACUGCUACCACUGUGUCCACUGCUACCACUGCUUCCACUGCUACCACUGCUACCCCUGCUACUACUGUGUCCACUGCUUCCACUGCUACCCCUGCUACCACUGUGUCCACUGCUUCCACUGCUACCCCUGCUACUACUGUGUCCACUGCAACCACUGCUACCACUGUGUCCACUGCUACCACUGCUUCCACUGCUACCCCUGCUACUACUGUGUCCACUGCUUCCACUGCUACCCCUGCUACCACUGUGUCCACUGCUUCCACUGCUACUACUGUGUCCACUGCCUCCACUGCUACCCCUGCUACCACUGUGUCCACUGCUUCCACUGCUACCCCUGCUACUACUGUGUCCACUGCUUCCACUGCUACCCCUGCUACCACUGUGUCCACUGCUUCCACUGCUACCCCUGCUACUACUGUGUCCACUGCCUCCACUGCUACCCCUGCUACUACUGUGUCCACUGUGUCCACUGCCUCCACUGCCUCAACUGCUACCACUGCUUCCACUGCUACCCCUGCUACCCCUGUGUCCACUGCUACCACUGCUUCCCCUGCUUCCCCUGCUACCACUGUGUCCGCUGCUACCACUGCUUCCCCUGCUACCACUGCGUCCGCUGCGUCUGCUGUUACCGCUGCUGCCACUGCAACCACUGCAGCAAUUGCAGCACCUGCAGCAACUUCUGCAACUACAGCAGCUGCGACAACUGCAGCAACUACAGCAAGUGCAGCUACAAAGCAGACCUCUUCCAUGGCGUUGGCGCUGAUCCUCACCACCACCGGCAUAUUUCUUCAGCACAUCUUUAUUCGCUAAAGAAUCUGACCGACCAGGACAGUUUUAUUCAUCCUAUGCUCUCUAAUUACACUUAAGUAUUUCUUGUUGCUAUCGAAUGAAGGCAAAUAUGCCUGAAACAUACCAAUGGAUGAUUUCAAUUGGAUUUAAAGUAAAUACGCAUGCAUGGGCAUCUCAACAAAUUAAAAUACCUUUGAAAAGUGCAAUAAUCUAUACCAGUGGUUCUCAAACCAUGUUGGCUCGCCAAGUACCACCAUAAUGACCAACAAUAGAAUACAGUAGCGUAGUAGGUCUAAACAUUAAUUAAAAAACAAGGCAACAAUAUUAUUUAACAUGUAUAUUUAAUAUAUUUGGCCACUUUAACACUGCGCAAAGUUUGAACAGUAAUACUGUUUGAGAAUCACUUAUCUAUAAUAUUUCAGGAAUAUUUUGUUAAAUCAUAUUGGUGAUUUGUCAGCUUUUACUUCCCAAGCCCUUUAAUUAGUUUUAAUUAAACUCCUGAAAUAAAUAAACCUCUGCACAAUAUUCUAAUUUAUUGACAUGCACCUGUAUCGGACUAGAUGGCGCUAUACUGUAUAACUCUGGUCUAAGCUUAUACAGUAUGGAGCCUACACAAGGACAGUUGAAGAUUAGUAGUGGAGUGGGUAUGUAGAAAUCACAUUAAAUGAUCAUUUUACAUAAUAUUUGGGUGAUAUUUUUUGUCAUGCCUGUUGUUCUCAUGACGUAUUCAUGUCUGCACUAUCUCCAUUUUGCAGUUAAACUGAGAAGGUGUAUUCAAAAGUUGUGGUAUUUUGUUUCCCGAUUGUGUUUGCGCUAUAAUAAUGCAUCAUCACUGUAACAUGUAUAUUAAUA